AUGGAACGCGUGUUCAUUGAGAUAAUGCAUGAGGAGUUCAUCACACACCGACUCCAAUCAUCCACAUUUCCACCGUCAGUCUGGGCUCGUGUAACUGAGCGAAUGAACUCGGUUAUGAGUCAGGGUUGUCUUCUUACGACGGUACAGCUUAAGGGCAAACUUAACAGGCUACGUCGUGCUUGGCGUUUGUUAAACGAAAUAUUGAAUAGGGGGACUGGGUGGGGAUGGGAUUCAGAAAGGAAUACCAUAACAGACGAUGCAGGACGCUUGGAGGAGCUGUAUCGGGAAAAUCCUGAAUAUAAAAAAAUAGUUGAGCAUGGGCUUCAACGCUUUGACCUAUGUACUGAAAUGUUCUCACGAAACACCGCAACUGGUGGGCUCGCGCGUUCGUCAUCACAACAACGUCGGACAAUCCACAGCACCAACCACAUAGACGAUGAACAGAUGGAUGGCACACAUUCGGGCAGCCGUCGUUCACGAGAUGAGUACAAAGAUACAGCAUUCUCUCAAUCUAUUCCCAUGACGUCCCCAGACGAAUACUUUUCUUCCCCGGGACCAUCGCAUGCUUCCGCUGGUCCAUCUGGCAGCGGGCGUCGAUUCCGACGAGUAGCUAGUGAGUUGCAAGCUAAGAAGUGUGAGACGAUGGAUAAGUUGAAUGAAUCACUUCAAGGGAAGAUUGACCGAACCGGGCCCAAAGCUACUGAAUCAAUUGAGCGGUGCGUAGACGAGUUGACAAAGUUUAAUGAUUUGCCAGAUAUCAUCUUCACCACCGCAUUGGAGCGUUUUCACAGUCACAGCACGCACACGAUCUUCUUACGUAUUAAUGAUGAGAAUAAAAUCUGA